AUGCAGCAGACAGUCGUGAGUCUGUUGCUCGCCACACGCAAAUGCCGAAUCCAAUUUCAAUUUGAAUUUGAUGGGCACGAGUUUUGGCUCCGGGUCAGUGGGGAAGAGAGGGCAGCAAUACAAAUUGUGCAGUUCUGGCAGCAUGUCAUUCCGGUGCUCUACUUAUCUUUUCUUGGGAUCGAGACUUCAACCACCGACGACAAAGGAUCUUGGAUUGCGCUUUUUUCUCCGGCGCACGGUCUCCUUACUGGUUGUCACGACGGGCUGCUGCGGGUCUUCGACCUUCGACGUUUGGGCGGGCCCGCUGCUUUGGUGCAGCAGAUGGAAUUGGUUUUCGUGGAGCUGAACUCUAUCCCCACCUUGCACCCACAAUUGCCACAUCUUCUCUGUGCCAAGGCGAUGCGUACUGUGACUCUCUGGCAGGAUAAGGUGCCAGAGAGGGAAAAAUGGAGCAACAGCAUUUGGAGUAUUGCCUUCAAGCCGGAUGGCACGCAAAUCAUCGUGGCAGCUGGCAACCGUGUCUUGGUCUACGACGCGACGGACGGGGACCUGGUCCAUUCGCUGAAGGGGCACAAGGAGAGCGUUUUCUGCGUGGCCUAUUCCAGACAUGGGAAAAAGUUUGCUUCUGGCGGGGCAGAUAAGCAGGUCAUUAUUUGGACGCACAAGGCGGAAGGCAUCUUGAAGUACAACCACAACGAGUCUAUCCAAUGCCUGGCCUACAACCCGGUGACACAACAGUUAGCCAGCGGCACGGCGUCGGAUUUGGGGCUCUGGUCCCCAGAGCAGAAGUCCGUGUCCAAACGCAAGGUGAAUUCCAAGAUCCUGGCCAUGUCCUGGACCAACGAUGGGCUCCACCUGGCCCUGGGCCUCUUCAGCGGCCACAUUAGCAUCCGAGACAAGUUCGGAGAGGAGAAGGCCGAUGUGGUCCGACAGGCGCCCAUCUGGACCUUGGCGUGGAACCCUGUGCAGACGAAACAGGAUCCCACAGAUGUUUUAGUUGUGGGCUGCUGGGACCAAACCCUGUCCUUCUACAAGGUGUCGGGGCAAGAGUAUGGCCGCGAGCACAAGUUGGAAUUUGACGUGUGCAGCAUCGACUUUUUCACCAGUGGUGACUACUUUGUGCUGGGUGGAAGUGGCAAGAAGGAAGUGGAAGCCAGAAAAGAGAAGGAGUUCAAAUUAAAGGAUGAGGUUCAAAAGCCUGGACACAGUCCAAAGAACAUUUUGAAAGAUUUGGCAGAGGUGGUUCAGAAUCUGCCUGAAAGAAAGAAGUACCAACGACUUGUGGUGAAGUGA